AUGAAGGAGUUUACGAGUACCCAUGCUCCUCAGUCGUAUGCAAACCUGCCAAAUCUAAUGACCAAAGGUGUUUCUUGGACUCAAACUUCUCAAAAUUCUGGACCGUAUAUGAUUCUUGGUCAACCAGUCCUCCCCACCUAUGGAACUGGUGGAGGAGGUCGCAGAAGGGGCAAAUGUAAAUGGUUCAAUGUUGCAAAAGGAUGGGGGUUUGUAACACCUGAUGAUGGUAGCCAGGAUGUUUUUGUUCACCAGUCAGUCGUGCACAAGUCUGGAUUCAGGAGUUUGGCUGAUGGAGAGGAGGUGGAGUUUGAAAGCAAACCCUCCGAUAAAGGCGUGGAGGCGACGUUUGUUUGUGGCCCCUCCGGAUCCGAGUGCAGGGGCAGUGACAGACGGCCACUUUCACGGAAGAAAUUCAGAAAAAUAAGUGUUCACAGGUGCUACAAUUGCGGAGAUCUAGGGAACCAUAUAGCGGCUAAAUGCCCACAUGGUCCCUUACCAAAACGCUGCCACAACUGCAAGUCCGUCGACCAUUUGAUAGCAGACUGUCCAAUGAAGGAGCCAGUGAAGCGGUCGCGUAAUGAUACAAACGGCGGAGGGGCUUCCGGUUUAGGAAAUGGGCAUGAUGCAGACCACGGGGGUAACAUGUUUUACCCCGUUUGA